AUGUUUGUAAUCCGCAAGUAUAAUGGUGUUCACUCUUGCUCGUUAGAAAAGCAUUCAGCGAACCACAGGCAAGCAACGUACUCCGUUAUUGGAAGUUGCAUGAAAAACCAAUUUAUAGGCGUGAAACAGGGUCCGGUUCCGAAAUCAAUUCAGAAAUAUGCCCGUGACGAAUUCGGGACGGACUUCAGUUAUUACAAAGGAUGGAAGGCUCCAUAUGGACCUUGUAUACGAGGUUUUGGUUGCAUGAGGAAAGUUAUCAGUGUUGAUGGAACGUGGUUGAAGGGAAAAUUCAGAGGUACGUUGUUAGUUGCCACUGCACAGGAUAGUGAACGUCAUUGUUAUCCCAUCGCAUGGGCCAUUGUAGACUCAGAGAAUGAUGCAUCCUGGACAUGGUUCUUCUCGAACUUGAAGGUGAUUAUCACUGAUUCUGAGGAAUUAGUUUUUAUUUCUGAUAGGAAUCAAAGUAUAAGUAAUGCAUUGUCUACAGUUUAUUCAUUAGCACAUCACGGUUGUUGCACAUGGCAUGUGUCUCAAAACAUCAAGAGUAAUUUCAUAUGUAGCGGUGUUCUGCCAUUGUUCUUUAAAACCGCUGAGGCCUACCGCAUUGACGAGUUUUCUGUCUUGUUUGAUGAGUUGUCUGCAAGAUAUCCCAGUGUUGCUAGAUACCUACAGGAGCAAGUUCGUUUUGAAAUGUGGUCUCGUGCUCAUUUUAAAGGAAAUCGAUAUAAUAUUAUGACCACAAACAUGUCUGAGUCAGUUAAUGCCAUGCUCAAAGAUGUUCGAGAUUACCUUGUCAUUGCCCUCUUUAAUUUUAUACAAGCGAAGAUGUCAGAGUGGUUUAAUAACAGGCGGGUCGAAGCUUCUAAAACUAAAACAUUAUUAACGCCAAGUGUGGAAAAAACUCUUCGUGAGAGGCACAACAAAGCGGGAUUUCUAACGGCCACAAGACUUAAUACUGUUGAGUUCCAAGUGACAGUUGCUGUUGUUGUUGGGGAAGUAGUUGUCGACGAGCCAAUUGUUUCGGAGGCUUCGAUUGCGGGACAUGGACCAUUCUUGCACCAUAGUCCAAAAAUGAUGCAAGCUGGUCAAUCUCAGGAUCUUCUUGGUCGACAUAAGGCAUAUACAACCUCAUGCACAUACUAUUCAUUUCCUCCUCAGUGGGAUAAAGAAUUGGUACGGCCAUUCCCUGUAUAUUAA